AUGUGUAUCAUCGGCAAGUUGGUAUUAGGUGCCUCUUUGCUCCUUAGUACCAUCCUGCCUAGCGUUGUGGCUCAGGUCCCUCCAUUCACCAAUUUUACAGUCUAUCCAAAUGAGGCCGAAGCCUCACAUGUUCCAAAGUACUCCCCCCUCAGACCACCAGCCAUCCCACUGGCUGUUAGAAGCCCAUACACUAGUGUUUGGUCUUCCACCGCUGGACAUGGGACACUGAACAGCCAAAAUCCCAUCUUUUGGUACGGUCAGGGGCUAGGAUGGGAAGGAAUCGUCGUGGUCGACGGCAACUCCUUUGAGUACAUGGGCACCGUCAUCAACGACUUUCCGGAGCUGUCAUACUUCAACACUACGGUUCCCCUUGAGGUCAGAUUUGAUUCUCAAUUUUCAAACUUCACAUUCCUUGCUGGGCCAGUGGUUGUCACGGCAAGCUUCUUCUCGCCGGUUAUACCUAAGGACAUCUGUCGGAGUUCCAUACCGCUUAGCUAUCUCACAACUACUGUCCAAUCAAACGACGGCAAGCCGCACCAUGUUCAGUUCUACUCCGAUGUUAACGCCCAGUGGAUAGGCCUAGGAAAUGAAUUCGAUAUCAUAAAGGAAUUCCAUACUGGCCCGGUAAAUGGGAAUGGGACAGGAAAUACCACCGACUCGCCAAGUAGCUGGAUAUUACGCCCGAGAUUUCCUUCACUGUUUGCCGAGGCCAACCAAAUCCCGCGGUGGGGAAAUAUGUCGUUCACCACGAGUUCUAUGGGUGCUUCAAAUUUCACAUACCAAAGCGGGUCCGCAACGAGCGUUCGAUUUGGGUUCGUUAACAAUCGCCAGCUCACUAAUGAUGCCGGGUCAGCAACGCGAGGUUUUGGAAACCAGGAACCUGUCUAUGCCUUUGCGCAUGAUAUGGGAGAUGUGAUAGAGACCUCUGUUCGCUACACUAUUGGCUCAAUUCAAUCUCCUUCUGUGAGAUACCUUCACAAGGGAGGGCUGUCAAAUUUAGCUCCUUGGUGGGAAAAGUGUUAUGGGGAUAUGCAUGAGACGAUUCGUUUCCACUGGAACGACUUCGAUACAGCCGCUGCACUUGGACACGAGUUCGAGAAGAAACUGAGGGCUGAUUUUGACUCUAACUCAGCGUAUGGAUACCUCGAACCUGGUAACGCAACCGGACUUGCCGUUCCCUUCAUUUCGGAGGCAGAAUCGUAUUACGCAAUAGUAGCAUUAUCAGCGCGGCAGGUAAUGGGAGCCUACGUUUUCGCAGUUCCUCCCACUUCUACCGACAGUUCGGAUUCAUCAGUAGAGCCGCUUAUGUUCCAAAAAGAAAUAUCCAGCAACGGCAACAUCAACACCGUCGACGUGCUCUACCCCGCCUCCCCCUUUUUCCUGUACGCCAACCCGACGCUGCUCAAAUACAUCAUGCAGCCGCUGCUCGAGCUGCAAGAAGGCGACUUCUACCCGAACACGUACUCGACGCACGACAUCGGCGCGCACUUCCCGCUGGCGACGGGCCACGUCGAGGGCACGGACGAGUACAUGCCGGUGGAGAACAGCGGCAACUUCAUCCUGAUGGCGUACGCGUACUACAAGUUCACGGGGGACGCGCGCUGGCUGACCCAGCACUACGACCUGCUGUCGCGCUUCGCGCAGUACCUGCUCGACUACUCGCUCGUGCCCGCCGCCCAGCUCAGCACCGACGACUUCGCCGGCGAGCUCGCCAACCAGACCAACCUCGCCGUCAAGGGCAUCGUCGGGCUGCAGGCCAUGUCGGCCAUCGCGCGCGUCGUCGGCAGCAGCGACGCCUCUCUCUUCUCCGAGCGCGCCGCUUCGUAUUACGAGCAGUGGGAGGACCUCGCGAUCGACCCGUCGGGCCGCCACACGCUCCUCGCGUACCAAUGGCGCUCAAGCUGGGGCCUUUUGUACAACAUCUACUUCGACAAGCUGCUAAACAUGGGGCUCGUCAAACCCCACGUCUACGAGAUGCAGAGCCGCUGGUACGCGAGCGUGUCCCAGGUCUUCGGCGUGCCCCUCGACAACAGACACCACUACACCAAGAGCGACUGGGAGAUCUGGACGGCGGCGACGUGUGGCGCGGGGACAAGGCGGCUGCUUGUAGAUGCCGUGGCUUACUGGCUCAAUGAGACUAGUACUAACUUGCCCUUCGCGGACUUGUAUGAGACCGUUGGUCAGGGCGAUUACCCGCUGCAAAUUGACCACUUCAGCGCGCGGCCCGUCGUCGGCGGACAUUUCGCGCUCUUGGCGCUGGCGAAGACGGGGCAGAUGGCUGGUGCCACCGGCGGCGAUACGACGGGGAGUUUGUUUGAGAGGAAUGGGACGGAUCCACUGCCGCGCCCGGAUACGCCGAGUGUGCCCCCCACGUACGCGGGACCGGCGUUUAAGACGAGGGCUGUGAGGAAGAAGGAUGAGAGGAAGGAUGUUUCGUGGCUUGGAAAGGGCGGGCGAUGA